AUGGCUUGUGGAGUCGUGAUCCUCCUGUGCAGCUGGGUCCUGGCUUCCUGUGAUGGGUCCAACCUGGAUGUGGAGAAGCCCAUCGUGUUCAGAGAGAAUGCAGCCGGCUUUGGGCAGACUGUGGUCCAGUUUGGUGGAUCUCGACUCGUGGUGGGAGCCCCCCUGGAGCUGGUGGCAGUCAACCAAACAGGACAACUGUAUGACUGUGCACCUGCCACUGGCAUGUGCCAACCCAUCUUACUGCCCAUUCCCCUAGAGGUUGUGAACGUGUCCCUGGGCCUGUCCCUGGUGGCUGCCACCAAUCACUCCCAGUUGCUGGCCUGUGGUCCAACUGCACAGAGAGCUUGUGCGAAGAACAUGUAUGCAAAAGGUUUCUGCCUCGUUCUAGGCUCCAGCUUGCAAUUCAUCCAAGCGGUCCCCGAUACCCUGCCAGAGUGUCCAGCACAAGACAUGGACAUUGCUUUCCUGAUUGAUGGCUCUGGCAGCAUCGAUCAAAGUGAUUUUAGCCAGAUGAAGGCCUUUGUCAAAGCUUUGAUGGGCCAGUUCGCAAGCACCAGCACCUCGUUCUCGCUGAUGCAGUACUCAAACAUCCUAAAGACCCAUUUCACCUUCACCAAAUUCUGGAGCACCCCUAACCCCCAGAGCCUGGUGGAUCCCAUCGUCCAGCUGCAGGGCCUGACGUUCACAGCCACAGGCAUCCAGGAAGUGGUGAAAGAGCUAUUUCAUAGCAAGAAUGGGGCCCGCAAAAAUGCCAAGAAGAUCCUAAUUGUCAUCACUGAUGGGCAGAAAUACAGAGACCCUCUGAAGUACAGUGACGUCAUCCCCCAGGCAGAGAAAGCUAACAUCACUCGCUAUGCUAUUGGGGUGGGAGAUGCCUUCCAGGAACCCACUGCCCUGCAGGAGCUGAACACCAUUGGCUCAGCUCCCCCACAGGACCACGUUUUCAAAGUGGGCAACUUCAUAGCCCUGGGUAGCAUCCAGAAGCAGCUUCAGGAGAAAAUCUUUGCCAUUGAGGGAACUCAAUCAACGACAAGCAGUUCCUUUCAGCACGAGAUGUCACAAGAAGGUUUCAGUUCGGCUCUCACGAUGGAUGGACCAGUUCUGGGAGCUGUGGGAAGCUUCGGCUGGUCUGGAGGUGCCUUCUUAUACCCCCCGAAUAUGAAGCCCACCUUCAUCAACAUGUCUCAGGAGAAUGUGGACAUGAGGGACGCUUACCUGGGUUACUCCACCGCACUGGCCUUUUGGAAGGGGGUCCACAGCCUGGUCCUGGGGGCCCCUCGCCACCAGCACACGGGGAAGGUUGUCAUCUUUACCCAGGAAUCCAGGCGAUGGAGGCCCAAGUCUGAAGUCAGUGGGACACAGAUCGGCUCCUACUUUGGGGCCUCCCUCUGCUCUGUGGACAUGGAUAGAGACGGCAGCACUGACCUGGUCUUGAUCGGAGCCCCCCAUUACUAUGAGCAGACCCGAGGGGGGCAGGUAUCUGUGUGCCCAAUGCCCAGUGGGAGGAUCAGGUGGCAGUGUGAGGCCACUCUCCAUGGGGAGCAGGGCCAUCCUUGGGGCCGCUUUGGGGCAGCCCUGACAGUGCUAGGGGACGUGAAUGGGGACAGUGUGACAGAUGUGGCUAUUGGUGCACCUGGAGAGGAAGAGAACAGGGGUGCUGUGUACCUAUUUCAUGGAGCCUCGAAACUGGAGAUCAACCCCUCGCCCAGCCAGCGGGUCGCUGGUUCCCAACUCUCCCUGAGGCUCCAAUAUUUUGGGCAGUCACUAAGUGGGGGUCAGGACCUUACGCAGGAUGGCCUGGUGGACCUGGCUGUGGGAGCCCUGGGGCACGUGCUGCUGCUUAGGAGUCUGCCUUUGCUGAAAGUGGGGAUUGCCAUAAGAUUUGUCCCUGUGGAGGUGGCAAAAGCUGUGUACCAGUGCUGGAAAAGGAUUCCCACUGCCCUUGAAGCUGGGAAGGCCAUUGUCUGCCUCACUAUUGACAAAGCCUCACCUGACCAGUUAGGUGAUGUCCAAAGCUCCGUCCGGUAUGAUUUGGCCUUGGACCCGGGCCGUCUAAUUUCUCGUGCUGUUUUCAAUGAGACCAAGAACUGGACUUUGGCUCGAAGAAAGACUUUGGGGCUCGGCAUUCACUGUGAAACAAUAAAGCUGCUUUUGCCAGACUGUGUGGAGGAUGUGCUGAGCCCUAUCAUCCUGCGCCUCAACUUUUCUCUGGUGGGAGACUCUGCUUCAUCCGGGAAUCUUCGUCCUGUGCUGGCUGUGGGCUCCCAAGACCACAUGACAGCUUCUCUCCCAUUUGAGAAGAACUGUAAGCAAGAACUCCUGUGUGAAGGGGACCUGGGCAUCAGCUUUAACUUCUCAGGCCUGCAGAUCUUGGUGGUGGGAAGCUCCCCAGAGCUCACCGUAACAGCAACUGUGUGGAAUGAGGGUGAAGACAGCUAUGGAACUUUAGUCAAAUUCUACUACCCAGAAGGGCUAUCCUAUCGACGGGUAACGGAAAUACAGCAACCUCACCAGCACCCACUCCGCUUGGCAUGUGAGGCUGAGGCCACUGACAAGGAGGGCCUGAGGAGCAGCAGCUGUAGCAUCAAUCACCCCAUCUUCCGAGAAGGCGCGAAGAGCACCUUCAUAAUCACAUUUGAUGUCUCCUAUAAGGCCUUCCUGGGAGAUAGGUUGCUUAUGAGGGCCAAUGCAAGCAGCGAGAAUAACAAGCGGGAAACCAACAGGACUGCCUUCCAGCUGGAGCUCCCGGUGAAGUACACUGUGUAUACAGUGAUCCGGAGGCAGGAAGAUUCCACGAAGCAUUUCAACUUUUCAUCUUUCGACGGGGACAGAGGGAAAGAGGCAGAACAUCGAUAUCGUGUGACUAACUUGAGUCAGCGGAAGCUGGCCAUCAGCGUUAACUUCUGGGUCCCCGUCCUACUGAAUGGUGUGGCUGUGUGGGAUGUGACUGUGAGGACCUCAGCACAGGGUGUCUCCUGUGCAUCGUCGCAGAGGGAACCCCCUCAGCAUUCCGAUUUUCUGACCCAGAUUCAAAGGCAUUCUGUGCUGAACUGCUCCAUUGCCGACUGCCUGCACAUCCGCUGUGACAUCCCCUCCUUGGGCAUCCAGGACGAGCUUGACUUCAUCCUGAAGGGCAACCUCAGCUUCGGCUGGGUCAGCCAGACAUUGCAGAAAAAGGUGGUGGUCACGAGUGUGGCCGAGGUCACAUUCAACACAUCUGUGUACUCCCAGCUGCCAGGACAGGAGGCGUUUCUGAGAGCCCAGGUAGAGACAAUGCUAGAAGAAUAUGACGUCUAUGAGCCCAUCCCCCUCGUAGUGGGCAGCUCCGUGGGAGGCCUGCUGCUGCUGGCCCUCAUCACGGCCGCACUGUACAAGCUUGGCUUCUUCAAACGUCAGUACAAAGAAAUGCUGGAUGGCCAGCCCGCGGCUCCUACCACAGCCGGUGAGGCCGAUUGCAGCUCUGAGACUCCACACCUGCUUCAGUCCUAG